CUACUUUUUUUUUAUUAGGUGAAAAGUUUUAGUUUUAGGUUAAUAUUAGCUGAAUUACGUUAUUUUUUCGACUAUUUGUAUUAAAACAUGCGACCAGUGUUUGCAUUUUUGCUGCUGGCGCUAUUGUGCGCCUGCCAGAUGAACAGCGCAAAUGUAAACACCAAUGGCGAAGAUGAAACGGACAAUGAUUUUGCGGAGUUCGACGAUGACUUUGUGGAUGCCAGCUACGAUACGGAAACCGCAGAGAAUGCCGACUCAUCCAGAGGUGCAGGCAGGGAAAGCUACAUAGAACGUCAGGAAGUGCCCAAGAAAUCUGUUUCUAACGAUGACGAGGAAGACGGUCUCGUUGAGAACGACGAUGAAUUUGAACAUUUCCAGGACGAAGAGGAGUUUGAAGGCUACGAUGCUGGUGACACCAUGGAGCCACCCAUUGAUCAGAAGACGGAGCCAAAGCUGAAGAUACCGAAUAUACCAUUACAUUUCCGCACCCACUGGGAUUCUUAUUGGAUGGAAAUGCUAAUGGUAGCCGGUCUCCUAGCCUAUUUCGCCAACUUCUUUGCUGGCAAAGCAAAGAAUGCUCGCCUGGCACAGCUCUGGUUCAGCACGCAUAAAGCACUCCUCGACGAAAAUUUUGCACUGGUCGGCGACGAUGGUAAGGUAGAGAACGAGAAUCCAGGACUGAUUAAGGAGAGCGAAAGCCUAUACACCCUGUGGUGCUCCGGUCGCACCUGUUGCGAGGGCAUGCUCGUGGAGCUGAAGAUGAUCAAGCGUCAGGACUUGGUUUCACUUGUUGCGGGUCUGAUGCGACCCCAGCUGGAUCAGGUGCACAUCAAAAUCGAUUUAACACGUGGUUUAAUGGAUUCAUUUGUGUUUGCAGUCGGCAGCAAGAAGACCAUAACGAAAAUAUUCAAAGAGUAUACAGAUUUAAGCAAGUUUUGUAGUUUAGUUGCCAAACCGGAGGAUCGUUAUAAUGUUCCCAGUGGUUUUGGCGUGCUUUCUGAAAUACCAGAAGCCACAUCCGCCAUACUCGAGUCACGUGUUAUAACUGCACUUAACAAAUACCAAAGCUAUAUCGAUUACCUGCACAUUUCGGAUCAGUUCAGCGGCCAAAUCCAGCAGGAGGAAGGCAACACGCUGAAGCAGCCAGAGACGCGGCCUGUGCUAUUGGCCGGUUUCAAUCUGCCCAAACAUGCCGAAAUGGAGACCAUUAAACCCUUGUUAUUGUUGAUAUUUUAUCUAAUGGAACGCUUGAAAGUCUAUCGUAUGUCCAAGGAGGCCAAAGCUAAGGCAGACAAGAAUCGUCUGCGCGUCGAGGAGGAGUUCCUGAAGAGCACCCAUGCCGCUCGUGCCGAGGCAGCCGCUCAGCGCCGCGAAGAUAAGCGCAAGCAGGAGAAGGAGCGUGUGCUUGCCGAAGAAGAUCCUGAGAAGCAACGCCGCUGGGAGCUCAAGGAACAGAAACGCCAGGCCAAAAAGAAUGCGCCCAAAAUGAAACGCCUAGCAGUUAAAUCGCUAUAGAUCUUGUUGCGCCCUGUAGUGCCAUCUAUUUGCGCUCAUUUACUAUCCCUAGAAAAAUUGGCGCCACACUAAAGCAAUAAAGUAUUUGAUUUUCUUAUUGAGCGCCAAA